AUGUAUCAAUAUGAACUGCAUCUUAUUGAAAAAGGCCCUGAGCAUCUAGAGGCUACUGAGGAGAAAGCUGUCAGCGCGUGCAAAACCAUGCUGAGAAUACGCAACAUGGAAAUGGUCCUAAGCGACCUGUACAAAGACAAGAAAAUACGAGGAUUCUGCCAUCUGAGCAUAGGCCAGGAGGCCAUUGCUGCAGGAAUUGAAAUGGUUCUGGGCUCAAACGAUGUCCUCAUAGGAAGCUACAGGUGCCAUGCGUUUGCUCUGAUCUCUGGGAUUGACGCAAAAGAGAUCAUAUGCGAGCAAGUUGGGUCUGUAGACGGAUGUGCGCGCGGAAAGGGAGGGUCUAUGCACCUGUAUGGCAAUCGCUUCCUUGGCGGCCAUGGAAUUGUAGGUGCACAGAUUCCCUUGGGGCUGGGCGCAGCAUUUGCUGAAAAGUACAGAUCUUCACUGAACAAUCCAAUUUCUAAAAAACCUGAAAAUCCCACAGGAGUAGUUGGCGAGUGGACUAACGGCAUCUGGGAUGUUUUCAACUGCAAGAACGUAACAAUUGCUGCCUUUGGAGACGGCGCAGCGAACCAAGGACAGCUGUACGAGUCGCUGAACAUGGCAGCCCUGUGGAAGCUUCCCAUCAUUUUUCUCUGCGAAAAUAACGAAUACGGGAUGGGAACGCCUAUUUCUCGGGCGAGUGCUUCCCUGAGUAUCUACGACAGAUUUUCUUUUGUUCCGGGAAUCCUUCUCGAUAGCACUGACGUCUUUGCUGUUGCUUCUGCCUUCAAGUUCGCUCGAGAACACGCACUUGCAAAAGGCCCGAUAAUAGUAGAGUGCAAAACGUACAGAUACAACGGCCACUCAAUGACAGAUGCCUUCACGGGGUACAGAAACACAGAAGAGAUAGAGGCGCGGAAACAGAACGACUCAAUUGAGUGUGUUAAAAAAUACAUGGGCUCCAACGCAGAUAGAACUGCAGCUGAGCUGAACGAGUCAGCGUACAACGAAAUGGCAAAGAUCAAGAAGGUCUCAGUAGACUCGCCAAGGUGCAGUGUUUCUGAUUUGUACAAAGACAUACUUCUCUGA